UCCUCCCACUUCCCUCAAAGAAUUUCUCUCCCAUGAAGAAAACUUUAUUUUGCUUUCUCUGUCUGUCCAUCUCCACCGUGUCUCUGGAGCGGGCUGUGUGUCUACCCUGCGGCCUCUCAGACCCUCCCUCCCUCUCUUAUUGUGCUUUCCGGUAUCUCUCCAUGUCAGUUUCUGUCUCUCGGGCUCUCACGGUAUCUCUGUGCCAUCUCUGCUCUGACUCCCCCACCCCCCCACCCCAGGGCCUGUCAGGCCACCACACACCACACUGCCGGCCUCUGGGUCCCUGAGACCCUUUAACCUGUGAGGACAUCCAGGGUCACAGGUGAGGUUCUUGGGAGCCUGGCGUCCGGCCCAUCCACAAGCUGGGGGAUCACCCACCUGACCCCUGACUCCUCACACCCCAUCUCCCUGAAAACCCAGACCUUGACAUUUGACCGACAGCAGAAAUCCAACCUCUGACCUGUACCCCAUGCCCUUCCCCCACCCCAUGGUGACCUCACAAAGGUCACCAGCUUCUCCCUGGGCCACGACCCUCUGUUAUGGCCCUGCUGGCCCAAGACAGCGCUGUCCCAUCUGCCCUGGUCGCCCUCAUAGUCUUGAGGGCCCCCGCCUGGGCCUGUCUCCUCUGCUUCACGUCCUAUAAGGAGCGCAUGCGCAUCUGCCAGAUCUUUAUUGGUGUACAGGGCCCCGAGCUGGAGAAGUGUGAGGAGGCAUUCGCCGCUGCCUUUGAGGGCCUCCUAGACACUGAAAUCAACUACGAUGAGAGAAGCCACCUGCAUGACGCCUUCACCCAGAUGACCCACUCUCUCCAGGAGAUGGCCACGGCCCGGGGGUCCUUUAAGGUGGCUUUUCCUAAUGCUGCGGAGAAAAUGCGGAAGGUCAUUGCGCAGCUUAAAGAAGUCCAGGCCUGCAUCCCUCCAUGCGGACUCCAGGAGGUCGCCCGGCGUUUCCGCUGUCGCGGGUGCUACUCCACGGUCUGCGACCUCCCGCUGGACUGCCCAGUUCAGGACUUGACGGUGGCUCGGGGUCAUGAAGCUAAGUUCUCUUGCACUGUGAACUUUGAACUGCCUAAGGAGGAAAUCACCUAUUCCUGGAAGUUCGCAGGAGGAGGUGUCCGGACGCAGGACGUGUCCUACUUCCAAGACCUCCCGUGGGCCCGGGGAUACCUGGCGCGGAUCCGGCCGGUGCAACCCGCGCACCGUGGGACAUUCUCUUGCGUGAUCGUGCACGACCAGAUCCCACUGGCGCGGCUCUACUUCUUUCUUAACGUGACUGGUGCGCCCCGACGUGGGGAGACCGAGCUCCAGGUCUCCUUUCGGGAAGUGUUGCGUUGGGCGCCCCGGGAGGCUGACAUGAUCAAACCUUGGAGGCCAAGCCUGGGCGAGCUGCUGGCCAAGCCCGAGGCUCUGACGCUGAGCAACCAGUGCCUACUUGCGGCCGUCGUGGCCUUAGCGUCAGCCGGUACGACCCUUAUGGUGUGGAUGUUCUUUCGAUGGUACUUCCAAGGCAGCUAGCAAAGGUAUCUUUUUCUUCCUUAUCCUGUUUUCAUUCCUAAAAUAAAGAAUAUAUUUCA